AGGUGUCAAAGGUCGUUUCGUUAUCGUUUCAUUAUUUUCACAAUUCCUCAAUAUUCAAUACAGUCGAUACACCUUGUUCAAUCAUUUUGCAAGCAAAAAAUCAUUCGUCUACAAAUAAUCAACUGGAUAAGUGUAAUAGUUACGCGAAAGAAAUGAGUGGCAAAGAUUUUCAUGAUGGAGGUUGCAGAAUUGUUUAAUCACAUUAACACGGGUAUCGGAUCAUAUACCUAUUCCCAAUGGGUCGUGCCCUUAAUAGAACAAUAUCAAACUUCGAAAAUACUUGUAACGAGUGUGGUUCUCCUUUUCCUCACUGUCUUAUUUGUCUCAUUGGCAAUACUCAGAAAAUGGAAAAACAAAGAAUUUCUACCAGAAGUCAAAGAAUUUGUUGGUGUCGGCUCAGCAAAACCAAGAUUCCGAAAACGCGACAAAGUUUUGUUUUAUGGGAGAAAGAUGUUGAGACAGGUCAAGUCCAUUGGAGGUCAAGUUCAUCCGACUGGACAAGGCAAGAAGAGACGAGCCGUCAUGAGAUUUGCCAGAAGACUUUUACAACUCAAGAAGGAGACUGUUCCUCAACAGUUGAAGGUUCUGGAACCACCAGCAGAAUACUUGGAAGAAGAUUUGGGUCCCGGGGAGAGAGUACCGCCAGACGCAUUAUACAUCCUUCAAAGCAUAAGAGUAUUUGGUCACUUUGAAAAGCCAGUGUUCUUGAAACUGUGCAAGCACACAGAAAUAAUGAAUUUGGCAGCCGGAACAGCCUUGUUCAAAAUCGGUGAUCCGGAUGAGAACGUAUUCAUCGUGCAGCAGGGUUUGGUCAGUGUAUAUAUAACUGGAUCGGACAGUUCUCAGAUAGCUUUGAAGUUAGUUAAAACUGGAGAAUCCGUAACGAGUUUGUUGAGUUUUACCGACGUACUUACCGGUCACACGAGUACGUACAAAACUGUGUCAGCAAAAGCGGUCGAGGACAGCGUCGUCGUGAAAUUGCCUAUGCAAGCUUUCCAAGAAGUUUUUCAAGAUCAUCCCGACGCGUUUAUUCGAGUUAUCCAGGUCAUAAUGGUCAGAUUGCAGCGCGUCACUUUCACCGCUCUUCACCAAUAUCUUGGCUUGUCAGCUGAGCUCGUUAACCAGGGAAUGCACAAGAAAAAACAAAGUCCGUUUUCUGGUUCGCCUGUUCGCUCGAAAACACGCGAUAAUUUUGGCAAUCAAGGUGUCGACAUCAUGUCAAGCUCUUUCAUCGGAAUGUCCGAUCAACAUGAACUUACGGAAAUACCAGAAUCGUUGAACUUUGCGGGUGGAUCGCAGCCAGUGCCGAUCGCAACUAAUCGGAAAGCAAAAACGAGCCUAGAUUGGAAACUGGCCACCCCAAGCCCCCAACUCGGACAAAACACUCCGGACAUGGUCCCCGAGUCUGACUCUCAUUGGUCAGGGGGUCAUUCAUCAAAUUCUCAACAACCGAGUAACAAUAGUGUAAAUAAUAGCUCCGGUGCUCCUGACAUAAUGCAUUCUUUGGGAAUCGGCUCCAGUCACUCGGGCAGAAAACGCUCGACGAACGAAGGACCCACACAACCACCCAUGGACGAAUCUCAACUCAUUCAAAUCGCCACGGAAGCUUUCGUUCGCGAACUUGGAUUGGAAGAUGACUCCGUACUGCGGGAUGGAAAAGUUCAGAUUAGAGAAGUGCCUGCUGGAACUUAUCUUAUGAAAGAGGAAUCUCACAAGGACGUUGCCCUCGUCUACGUGGUCUCAGGAUCGUUGAUAAUCAGCCAAAAGGUAUCUGAAGAUAGAGACCCAGGCCAAGAGGUUCACAUGUUUAGCGCCCAUCAGGGUGAAAUCGUUGGAGGUUUGGCGGUGUUAACCGGUGAACCUUCGUUCUACACGAUUCGUGCGAAACACACGAGUCGUAUAGCACUGUUGACGAAGCAAACAUUCUUCGCGAUAAUGCGUGAGAAACCGACCGUCGUGCUCCACGUUGCAAACACUGUAGUACGGAGGUUGAGUCCUUUCGUAAGACAAGUUGAUUUUGCUCUGGAUUGGUUGUUUCUCGAGAGUGGUCGGGCGGUUUAUCGACAGGGUGACGAGUCAGAUUCGACUUUUAUCGUCCUCAGCGGUCGCUUGAGAUCAGUAAUAACUCAUGCCGAUGGGAAAAAAGAAUUGGUCGCUGAGUAUGGUAAAGGUGAUUUGGUAGGAAUCGUUGAAAUGGUCACUCAGACUAAACGUUCCACGACCGUCAUGGCUGUGAGAGAUUCCGAACUGGCUAAGUUGCCCGAAGGCCUAUUUAACGUAAUAAAGCUUAGAUAUCCGAUCGUCGUCACGAGGCUCAUCAAUCUUUUGGGCCAUCGUAUACUGGGCACGUGGCAGCAAGCCACUGUCAAAACCUCUAGCAGUAGACAAACGAUUCUUUACAGGCGUCCUGCAGCAGCCACAGUCGACGCAAGACCCUCUCAAGUUAAUUUUUCAACCGUAGCCAUUGUCCCCGUGUCCGAGGACGUGCCACUUACGGCCUUUACGUACGAGCUUUAUCAUUCUUUGUGCGCUAUCGGCCCUUGUUUGCGUCUGACUUCGGACGUGGUGCGAAAAACUUUAGGCGCCAGCAUAAUGGAACCUCUGAACGAGUACCGAUUAACAUCAUGGCUUGCCCAACAAGAGGAUCAACAUCGAAUAUCGCUCUACCAGUGCGAUUCGAAUUACUCUGUGUGGACGCAACGCUGCGUUAGACAAGCAGAUUGUAUUUUGAUUGUUGGUCUCGGUGAUCGUCCUCCGACACUCGGUCGCACCGAGCGCGAAGUCGAACGAUUAGCUAUGAGGACUCAAAAAGAAUUGGUACUCUUACACAAAGAACAAAGUGGACAACGCCCUUCCAAUACUGUGCAAUGGCUCAACAUGAGAUCUUGGGUUUCGAGUCAUCAUCACAUACAAUGUCCCAAACGAAUGUUUACUCGACGAUCUCAAUACAGAAUCAACGAAUUGUACUCCAAAGUCCUAAUGUCGGAACCGAACGUGCACAGCGAUUUUAGCAGACUAGCAAGAUGGUUGACCGGCACGUCAGUUGGACUUGUACUCGGUGGUGGCGGAGCCAGAGGAGCUGCUCACAUUGGAAUGCUCAAAGCCAUUCUUGAGGCUGGAAUACCGAUCGACAUGAUCGGCGGUGUUAGCAUCGGAGCGUUUAUGGGAGCGCUUUGGUGUAUGGAAAAGAACAUAACGACGGUGACGCAAAAAGCGAGGGAAUGGUCAAAGAAAAUGACGCAGUGGUGGCGACAAAUUUUAGAUCUUACGUAUCCAAUGACUUCGAUGUUUUCCGGUCGAGAUUUCAACAAAACCAUACAAGCGACAUUCGGCGACACAUACAUCGAGGAUUUGUGGCUUCCAUAUUUUAUAAUAACCACUGACAUCACAGCUUCGUGUAUGCGCACGCACACACAUGGCUUACUAUGGAGAUACAUUCGCUCGAGUAUGACCAUAGCGGGCGUUUUUCCUCCCGUUUGCGAUCCUCGCGAUGGGCAUCUUUUGGUCGACGGGUGUUAUGUUAAUAAUGUCCCAGCUGACGAAAUGUUGAGGCAAGGGGCACAUCACAUUCUGGCGAUUGACGUCGGCUCUCAGGACGACACGGAUCUCACUAAUUACGGCGACUCCUUGUCCGGUUGGUGGCUCUUAUGGAAGAGAUUGAAUCCAUUCGCUACACCUGUCAAAGUACCUAACUUGCCGGACAUUCAAUCGCGAUUGGCUUACGUAAGUUGUGUUCGACAAUUGGAGGAAGUGAAAUCUUCGGAUUACUGCGAAUACAUAAGGCCACCGAUCGACAAAUACAAGACACUUCAGUUCGCCAAUUUCGACGAGAUUAAAGAUGUUGGGUAUCAACAUGGCAAAACGUAUUUCGAAGGACAAUCCAAGGCUGGAGUUUUGCCACGGUUCAAUGCUGAUCGCGAAAACGCUCGUGCUCUCAGAGCAAAAACUCAAGCUGUCAACCAAGAACACGUUGCUUCCUCGUACACGUUCACCGAUUUGGCACAAAUGGUGUGCAAAGUAUCACGUGGCAAUCGAUACACCGAUGCUGACGACACCGAUUCCGAUGAAAUGGAGGAAUACGAAGCUGAUCUCGAGGAAGAUGCCCAGGAAGUUGGAUACGCUUCUGAACCUACUGCUGGAAUUAUGGAUCAGAGCCCUGAAGAAACUCGGUUAAGGCGGAGAGCCGGUGUCUCGCUGAGCUUGUCCGACACAGAAGCUGAAUCCGAGAUGAAAUACCAUCCCAGCAUUUUUUGACUCGGAUUGCAGAGAACACAAAUAUUUAUUUUCGCGUUCAGUACGGUAUUUUAGAUACAGUCGAACAGUAAAAAAGAAAAAAAGAGAAAAGAAAAUGUACUAUUUACACAUGGUUGGAGAAACGUUCAACGUAUUCGAUGAGUUCGAGUAUUUUCUAAAGUACAAAAGAUAACUCGAAAGAGAAUUUAAUGAAAUGAUCCGAAUGUAGAGAUACUCGGGUAAUUAGACUGGUGUACAAAUCGAUUAGAAGAACGGAAGCCCUGACUGAUACCAGUUACCGUUACGGUUAAUAUUCUUACUUAAAUAUUAUUUAGAAACGAAUUGUAAGCUAUAUAACUAAUAACGAUUCUACAAUUUGUACGAAAAAUAAAUUGAGUUUUGUUAA